UUUAAUUAUUAAUGACAAUAAUUUAUUAUAAAUGAAUGAAGGCUGGAACGAGCUGUUGAUCGCGUCGUUUUCCCACCGGUCUAUUCCCAUUACAGAAGAAAUUCAGCUUUCUAGUGGGGUUCAUAUCCACCGAUCUGCGGCACACCAAGCUGGUGUUGGCGCCAUCUUUGACCGCGUUCUAACCGAACUGGUAGCUAAGAUGCGUGAAAUGAAGAUCAACCGCACCGAGUUGGGAUGUCUUCGGGCCAUAAUACUUUUCAAUCCAGACGCCAAAAGCCUCAAAAACGUGAACCAGGUAGAACAGCUGAGAGAACGGGUUUACGCCACAUUGGAAGAAUAUUGCAAACAGACAUACCCGGAUGAACCAGGCCGGUUCGCUAAGCUAUUACUCAGGCUUCCCUCUCUUCGCAGCAUAGGGCUCAAAUGUCUCGAGCAUCUUUUCUUUUUCAAACUCAUUGGUGAUACGCCUAUAGACACAUUUCUCACUCAAUUACUCGAGGCCCCAUCCAUAUUUCCUAACACUCCCUCUCCGCCCUUGGUCUCCCAUACAACAGCUGAACUAUAGUGACUCAUUUUUUAAAAACCUCGGCAUUCGGAGCUUCUUAUGAACUAGGAUCGACCUCACCUAGUUAAAUACACAUUUAGUCUCCCCUUUUAGCUCUCAUAAUAGACAAUUUGGCUUGUAAUUUUUUUUUUAUCUGAGAAUAGAAACUAGAUUUAUGCUUUUUUAAAUUUAUCUAUAUCUUUUGUAUUAUUUAAGAUAUAUAUAUAUAUAUUAAUUAGGUGAUUUAAAAUAAUUGAUUAAAUUUUUAAGAAAAUAGUAUAUUUUUAAUUUUUUUUAAUGUUGUUUUUAUAUUGUUAUGAUAUAUUAUAAUUUAUAAAUGAACUAAUUUCUCAUGAAAUGAUUUUUUAAAUUCAUUUGCUUAAAUGUUUUUAAAAUAUUUUAUGAAUAACAUAAUUAAAAAUUUAGGUAUAUAUUAUACAAUUUAUUAAAAUUAAAUUAUAAAUCGUUAUUUUAUGGGUUAAAAUAAUUAAGAGAUAUCUGAUUUUUUAAAAUAAAUAUGUAUGGAAUAUUAUGCAAAAAAAUGAAUACCUUAAUAUUAACCAUUUUAUAUAUUUUUUAAUUUAUAAUUACAUAACCUCCCUGGUCUAUUGACAUACUUUAAGUGAAUUGACUAUUCUUUAUUUUCAAUUAUUCUUUAUUUUUAAACUUAUUAUUAAUAUCGACGAAUUCUCAUAAAUGGUAACUUGGAAUGAUUAUAUUACGAACAAGUUUUUUUAUAUCAUAGAUUAGUUUCUUUUAUCUUUGCUAAAAUACUGUUCAUGCCACAAAACUUCAGCCUUACGAUUAACUAAUGAUAAAUGAAUUCAGGAUAUAUAAUAUGAUCUUCCCUAUUUCUUUAUUACAAAAUUAUAUUAUUUACCGGUCCGAGUAUAACAACUUGAUAUAUAAUACCAUUAGAUUAUUUUUUAUCGUUCAUGUUACACGCCAAUGUUAUGUGAAGAGGAUAUAACUAAAGAAAUGAAAGGUUUUCUAGUUAUUAUUUUUCUUUUUACUCUCUUUUAUACACCUUAUUACUAGCUAUUUUUAUAAAACUCAAUAUUUAUUUAUUACUAUCUGAUGAUUAUUGAUAUGUGAUAUUUUCGAUGAGCAAAAAUUAAUUUAAGACUGUUAACAUAAUAAAAAAAAAAUUUUGUAAUUAAAAUGCAUAAGAUUCAAUUUAUUUUGAAUUUUGCAAACAAUAAUAC